CUGUGUGUUACCGGUGCACAGCGCUACUGGCCUCAAUUCCAAUCAUGUCAUAAAGAUAGUACCUACGUUUUAAAAUGCAUUGAUAUUGUCACAUUGUAAAGAAUGCAUAUAACAGCGAUGUCGCUCCAGAAAGUAAGCCGAGUAAAAACAGUCAGCACUCGGCACAUGAGUUAGUCACACAUCUUUCAGCAGGGAAGAAAAUCGAGCCCAGUGAUAAAUCAGUAGCACCAGCAUUGGUUAAAGACAUGGCGGACGACAAGUCAUUGAGACAGCUAAAGGACCUGGCAGAGCUCAAGGACCAGCUAGAGGACAUUCAGAAGCGUGUGGAGAAGGAAGUACAGGCUGGGAUCCCACAGGGUGGCAGUGUGCUGGCCUCUCCUUUCCUUAAGGGCUUCUUGGCAGGGUAUGUCGUGUCUAGGCUGCGAUCCUCUGCGGUUUUGGGCGUGGUCCUUGGGACUUGCACAGGCAUCUUUGCAGCUCAAAACUUUGGCGUGCCCAACAUCGAGGAAACUCUGAAAGACUAUUUCAACACUCUCAAAGGACCCAGCAAAUAGCAGCCCUGGUUUUGGGGGGAAAUAUGGAUCACUGAACCAAUAAAUCACCCCACUGCCCCAUCAAAAAGAUCCAUUGGACUACCCCACCCCCAAGCCCACAAUUGUAGAUUGCACAUUGUCCUGAACUGAGAAAAAUGUGUGUUUGUUAGGAGACAUUUUGGAAAAAAAUAUAUAUUCCUUGAGUUACGCAUCAAGUGUCUUUACAAUCAUCUCUUGCAAUAGUCCUGCAGGGACCUUAGCUUAUAUUUUUAUAUGAACUGGAAAGAUAACAUUGUUCCUAUUUUAUGCAAUAGGGAUUUUACUGAUGGAAGUAGGUGCUUUAUAGUGGGAGAUUUUAUUUGCCUCAGGUCAGCUUUCUAUUUCGUCUUGCUCGCAGAUCAACCAUAUAACCUUGUUAUACCCAAAUUAUAUCAGAACCUGUAGUAUCCAGAUGUUAAACAUGACUAAGAGAAUAUUAUGUUCAUAUAUACAAAUAUGUCCCUAGGUAGAUAACCUGGUAUCUGCCUAUUUUCUGACUUUUAGGUCAACGUAAGUCUACAGUAUUCACACCCAUUUACUUUUUCCACAUUUAGUUGUGUUACAGCCUGAAUUUAAAAUGUAUAACAUUUAGAUU